AUGUCACCGUCGCGCACAGAUCCCCCAGCCAAACGCCUUCGUGUCGUUGUCGUCGGCGCAGGACUAGGCGGCCUCGCUGCCGCCAUCGCCAUCUCCCGGACUGGGCUCGCAGAGGUACAAGUGCUCGAAGCUGCAUCCAAGCUCGGUGAGCUAGGUGCCGGCAUCCAAGUCAGCCCAAACUGCUCGCGUCUCUUGAUCAGAUGGGGUGUCGACAAGUACCUCGCCGACAAUGUAGUUCUGCCCAGGUACGGCAGAGUCAUCAGAUGGCAGAACGGCGAGGUCUUGGCCCAGGCGCCGAUGAUGCCGCAGAUCCAGGAGAAAUACGGCUUUCCACACUGGCAUGUCCAUAGGGCGGACUUGCACGAGGCUCUCAGGAAGAAAGUGGAGGAGCUGAAGAUCCCCAUCAAGGUCAAUGCCAAGGUCAUCGGUGCGGAUGUCGAUGACGCCAGCAUCACGCUGCACACGGGCGAGAAGAUUAACUGUGACUUUAUCGUUGGAAGCGAUGGGCUACGGUCGUCGAUGCGCGAGGUGGUGCUAAAGGGCGAGGAAGCCGCGCCGCCUUUCGUGACAGGGGACUACGCCUACAGGUUCACAGUGCCUACGGAAGACAUGGCAGGUGACCCUGUGCUGGCGGACUGCGUCAAGACACCCAUGGCCAUUGGAUGGUGGGGACCCGGAAUGCACGUUGUGGGCUACAAGUUGCGGAACGAAACCAUGUUCAACGUCGUCACUGUGUUUCCUGACGACGGAACCAUGGACAACACGUACAAGAUGGAAGGUGAGAUCGAGCACUUGAAGGAGCUGUACAAGGACUGGUGUCCGCAGGUCAAGGCCUUGCUCGACCGCGCAAGGCCGGGCACAGUCACGAAAUGGAAGUUGAUGGACCUGCCUCCCUUGCAGAGGUGGCAUCGAGGCAAAUUGGUGCUGAUAGGAGAUGCUUGCCAUCCAAUGUUACCUUACCAGGCUCAAGGCGCAUCGCAAGCCAUCGAGGACGCCGCUGCUUUGGCGCAGUGUCUACGACUGUUGCCUCUGCGGGACGUAGGUCCUGUAUUCCAGCAACUCAGGUACUCACGAGCCACGCAAAUCCAGAAAUUCGCCCGCGAACAGCGCGGCAAGAACCACAUGCUGGACGGGCCGGAGCAAGAAGCCCGCGAUGCCGCCAUGAAGGAUGCAAGCACGGCGGCCAGGUCUGCGUAUGCUUGGACUUGGGCGGCUGAGGAUGGCGAACCUCCAAAACCUUGGAACGAAGGGUUGUUCGGGUACGACGCUGAGGAGGAGGCACUGAGGAGGAUCAGGAAACUUGGAUAUUCUGUAGAUGACGAGUAG